CACUUCCUGGGGAGACUGGCUUCAGCACACACAGCAAUUGCUUCAGAAGACAAACACCUUCAUAGCAAAUGCCCCUGCUCCUGCUUGCCCUUAGUUUUUAGGGUUGAACUUAAGGUUAUAAGGGAUGGAGUAUCCCUUUGGGCAGUUAGGGUCAGCUGUCCCAGCUGUGUCACUUCUCAGCCAUGUCCCUUCCCAGCCUCUUGUCUGGGACUACUGGCUUUUGGGGGGCUGGAAAUGGAGCCUUGAUGCUGUGCAAGCACUGUUCAGCAACAGCCAAAACUCAAAGCACAGCACUUUAUGGGAUGCCAUGAGGACAGUGAGCCCCAUCCCAGCCAGACCCAGUACAUCACUAGUACACGAGUUCAGGAUGCUGUGGGAGCAGAAGGAGAGCAGACCACGGCAUGGGGCUGGGCUUUUGCAAUUCACCUAAAUGAUAUUUCCCCACCCAGUCCUGCACUAACUGUUUACAGACCUGGUGUCCACAAAUGAGUCUAAUCCUGAAACUCUGCCUCCAUCACCCCUGUGCCAGGAAGGUCUGGAAGUUUCCUGCACAUAGCAUAAAAAAAGCACUUUUUUCUGCCCACUCAAACCUAACGUGCUGCCUGUUUUGCAAGUUUCUCAAGUUCUAGUAACAAGGGUUUUGGUGAGCAAUAACUCCACGUGGAUCAACCCUCACCACUGUCAGCCUUCUGCUCUCCAAACUGAAGAGUCCCACUCCCAGACUCUGCCCUGUACUGGCACUGCUUGAGUCACCUUUCCCUGUGCUUUGUCUCAGCCAUUUGCAGAUGGUAGAAAGGUUCCAGGCUGACCUGAUGGGCUGCAGCCUCUGUCCCUUGCAUCAAUGCCUUUCCUCAGUUUGCCCUGCUCCAUGCCACUGUUUCCCAUGAAAUGGGUCCUUGGGCAGGGGUCUGUAAGGUUGGAACAUAUCUGCACCCUCUGUGGGCACAGCAAGAUUUAUUAUUAUUUUUUUUUGGAAAGCAUUGCCCAAAUGUAUUUAAGCCUACAGCACAGAAAUGCAGCCAGAAAUACAGUCCAAAAGGAGUUACAACACUGAACACUUCCGGGAAUGACAGCCCUCCUUCUCCUGGUGGAAGAGCUGCCAGCACUGGAGAGGAGGGAGGAAAACUACAGCUCCCAGCAUCCUGCCUGGGCAGCCGUGGAAGGGCAGGGUUCACCCUCGCGCCGACAGCAGCGGAGGAUUUAGGGCGCGUUCGGGAAAAGGGCUGUCCAGCUGAGCCAAAGGGCCUCCGGGAAGGACAAGCCCCGGGGCCAUCACUGGCCGCCUCGCUGCUUCUCUUCACAGCCCCAACCGGCUCCAGCCCUGCCCAGGUCUACAGGUGUUCAGCUGCAGUUCCUGAGGCCAACGCAGGAUGGUGGCCCUGCUGGGGGUAGGACUUGGUCAGCCACCCCAGCAGCAGGAAGACAUCCCCACACAAGCAAAGGAGAAAGUGAAGUAAAAGGUGCUGGGACCCCACAGGAGAAAGAAAAUGGAAAAGAAUCCAAGUGUGGACCUGCCUGGAGCCGUGCUGGCCCAAGACAAAAUGGACAGCAAAGGAGACAGCAGUGUCCUCCAGGAAACUCAGGAGGACCUGGAGAUAAGCAGGCAAUGUGAAAGCUCCUGCACAGCAGAGGAAGAUGCUUUAUCAAGAAGCAAGUCACUGAGCUCUGAGAGUAAAAUGACACAUUCAGAUAUGAACGCCACAGAAGAUGUCACCGAGGGCCUCUCAGCAGAGGAGAGCACCAGUGUCCCUCUCCUAGAUCAGGAGCCAGGAGAGCACACGGAGCAAGAAACACAGGAGGGGGAAUCCUCAAGCACAUUAAGGAGCAGACAUGGGACAAAAGCUGGGCCAGCCCAAGGUGAGGUGGAGAGCACAGCAGAGCAUCCUGCACACCAGGAGCCCCCCAAAGAAACACUUGAGCACCAAGUGACGAGUAGGUGUCCUGAGACCUCCUGCAAACCAGAGGAGGACUCUUCGGUGAGUAAUCCACCAACUGCUUUUGGGGAAGAGGUGAAGCUUUCAGAGUUAGCUGAUCCCACAGUGGAGGAGAAGGUUCCUCAGGGAACUGCAGCAUCACUGGAAGAAUCUGUGGAGACGAGAGAUGGUGUCUCAGAAAGACCUCAGGAAGAAGAUGACUCGGACAGAGCCGUGCUGGCCCAAGACAAAAUGGACAGCAAAGGAGACAGCAGUGUCCUCCAGGAAACUCAGGAGGACCUGGAGAUAAGCAGGCAAUGUGAAAGCUCCUGCACAGCAGAGGAAGAUGCUUUAUCAAGAAGCAAGUCACUGAGCUCUGAGAGUAAAAUGACACAUUCAGAUAUGAACGCCACAGAAGAUGUCACCGAGGGCCUCUCAGCAGAGGAGAGCACCAGUGUCCCUCUCCUAGAUCAGGAGCCAGGAGAGCACACGGAGCAAGAAACACAGGAGGGGGAAUCCUCAAGCACAUUAAGGAGCAGACAUGGGACAAAAGGACAUGCAGCCCCACAGCCAGAGGCUCAGCCAUGCUUGCAGAGCGUCACCAGUCAAAAUACAGAACAGAAGAAGACUAAAGAGUUCAACUUACUGAAAGGUGAGGAAAAGAAGCUUCCCUUGUGCGUUACUCAUCGACCAGAAGGCCCUGAUCCACCAGGAACAAGACUUGCCAUUCUGGGCCUCGCAUUGCUCGUCUUCUGCAUAUUCUUCUUCAGCAACUCAACCGCCACGUCCCAGCCGGCCCCCAGGAACCCCACAGUGGAGGCCUUCCUGUCCCAUUUCAACAAGCUGCAGGACAAGUUUCCUGGGCAGAAUCCCCACUUGUGGUUUCGCGGGCGCAAGUUCUUGCAGAAGCACCUCAACACAUCCCAGCCCACGCAGCCAGCCAUCAUCAUCCUCAUGGCUGCCCGCCAGGGUGAACGGACCUUGCGGUGCCUUAGCAUCCAGGUAGCUGACGCCUACUCGGCCGCCCUGCAUGCCAGCACGGUGCAGAUCGAUGGCAGGGAUGUAUCUGAGCUCCAGAGUGACGAGGCCAAGCUGAACAUGGACUCAGAGCUCAGUUCAGCUUUCCAGGCUGGGUACCGUGCUGCGGUGAUACACCGCUUCGAGCUGCUGCCGGCAGGGGCCACCCUCAUCUUCUACAAGUACUGCGACCACGAAAGUGCUGUUUUCAAGGACGUGGCCCUGCUGCUGACCGUGCUGCUGGAGCAGGAGGCGCUGGAGACCCAGAUCAGCCUCCAGUGGGUGGAAGAGAGGGUCCGCGACUUCCUCUGGGCCAAGUUCACCAGUGCCAGGACCCCCAGCUCCUACGACCACAUAGACUCUGACAAGAUGAGUGGGCUGUGGAGCCGCAUCUCCCACCUGGUGCUACCAGUCCAUCCGGUGCAGAACAUUGAGAAGGGGGGCUGCCACAUCCACACCAAAACCUAGGGACAGAGGCUGCCAGAGUCCUGGGAAGGACUGGAAAGCCAGUCCUGGCCAGCCCCGGUGCAGGCAGAGACACAAAUGAACAAGGAAUUCACUUCGUAACACCCCUGUGCUAUUUCUCUACAAUUUGUUUCCCAUUCUUCCUGGGAAGAGUUCGACAGGUACAAAUUGAUCCAGGCCUUUUGGCUAGCUGAAGGUAAUAGACUGUAUGCUUCCUUCUGACAGGUGGGAAUAGCUGAUAUUUUAGACUGCUAGUUGCACAGGAGCACAUUACAAUGUGGGGAGGCAGGAGGAAAAACAGUGCUUUGCAGGAAGUGGAACAAAGGAAGGUCAAACUCCCUAAACCCAACAUAUUGAAGUCAUGCUUCAAAAAGAAAAUCAGUUUGCUAGUCAAGGGUUUGACCAGUCAGUCCUGAUACAGCUCCACUGACUGAUUUAAACCCAAAGGCCAGAUCCUAAAUGCCAUCUGUUCAAACAAACCUGCAAUCCAGAAUUCCUCCAAACGUCAAUUACAAAAAAAUUAAAGUUGUCAGCACUUAAACACUACACAAAAACAGGGGAAUCCCCCACACAGAGCGGCCCUUAUGCCAUUCUGAAAACAGAGAACAAUGAAACACAAACCACUUCAUUAUCGCUCUAAUGGUGCUAAGCCUCAAGGGAUCACACAGGUAAAGGAAUGAGUAAUAGAGUUUAACUUAAUGCUACCUUUUAAAAGAGUUCAGUUGUGAUCCAUUUGCCACCACAGGGCUACAAGCAUCUCUUUGGGCUGAUGCAUCAGCCUUGGUCCUACAUGGUUCCUCUUCACCCAGGUACCUGAUCUGCACUUAGGGCUGGAAGCCAUUGGAGGCAUCUCUAAGUCAUUUCCCUGCACAGAGGGCGAGUCCUCGGGGUCAAGACAGGAGCGAGCUGUCAAAAUGCCCCCUCAUGCCCCUCCACGGCUUUUCCAGGGUGGUUCCUCACGCACUAGGCCUUGCCCAGGGACCGUGAGUGUUUGCAGUCCAGCAGUUCCCUGGCUUGCUUUCUGUGAUUCUGCCUGCCCCUCCCCAGCUAACUUUUAUUGAUGAAUGUAGAUGAUAACACUGAUAUUUAUUUCAGACCACGUAAGGCAGCAUACCAGGCCCUUGCCCACCAAAGGUACAUUUCCCUUCCUGCCAGGCAGGUGGUGCUCUGGCUGCUAUUAGAGCAACUGGGAGCAGAGCUGAUACCAACUAGUAAAGA